GACAACCACAAGUUCCACAACCACGCCAUUCAUCCUGACCAUCACGGUACCGCGAUUCAAUCCUUCUUCUUCGCCUCUAAAACCAAUCAAACCCUCCUGUAAAAUUCGAUAUCCCAUCAUGAUCGAAGGUGGCUGCAUUUGCGGUGCCGUGCGUAUCCAGUCCACGGGGGAGGCCCAGGCCAAGGCCCUCUGCUACUGUCUUGACUGCCGCAAGACCACAGGCUCCACAUUCUCUACCAACAUCCUCGUUCCCGCCGAGGGAUUCACCUUGACCAAGGGCACGCCCAAGGAGUUCGCCAAGACGGCAAACAGUGGCAAGACCAUCACAUCCUUCUUCUGCGGCGACUGCGGCACAACGCUCUGGCGGGAGACUGAGACCUAUACUGGUUCCAAGAUCCUCAAGGUCGGCACUUUCGAUCACGCCAGCGCCCUGGAGGACGCAAAGCCGUUGGUCGAAUUGUUCACUAGGAACCGGCCUUCUUGGCAGACACCCAUUGCCGGUGUCGAGCAAAAGGAGACCCUGUAAUUUGGGGGG